UGAGGUUAAUAAUCAUGUCACCUCGAAAAUAUAAAUCUGGUGCUUUUAAACGAAAAAUUCAGAAUAUUAAAAAAGAAGGGGAAGCAAAAAUUCCUAAAUUAUCCAAUUACUUUCAUCCAAUAGAAAAUACUGAAUUGGAGCCAAAAAUGAAUAAAGAAAUUGACACAAACGCUGAUGAAUUAUUUGACAUGAACACUAAUGAAAAAAUGUUGACGGAGUUUGAAAUUAACAAAGAUCCUGUAUUGUGGUCAAAAAUGAGUGAAGCUGUCCUAGAAGAAUGUAUAAAAUUGGGACCAGAAUAUUUCCAAAAUAAAGACAACGGGUUUUCAGCUUCCAUGCGAAAAUAUAAUAAUCAAAAAAGGUAUUUUUCUAGUAAACUUUUUAUACGAACUUUGGUGAAUGGAGAGAAACACAUACGGUUAUGGUUUAUGUACUCUGAAUCAACAGGCAACGUAUUUUGCUUUGUCUGUAUGUUUUUUAAUGAUAAUAGUUCUGUGUUAAAUCCUUUUGUAAAAAAUGGAUUUUCAAAUUGGAAAUAGAGCGAUGAAAAAAUUAGGGCUCAUGAAAGCAGUUCCAUUCACCAAGUAUGCACAAUGAAAUGGCUUCAUUGUUUGAAUAAUAAAACCAAUAUCAAUAAAAAUUUAAUAUAACAAUUAGAAAUAGAAGAAAGCUAUUGGAUAGAUAUUUUAAAACGCAUUGUUGAAGUUAUUCGUUUUAUCUCAUCACGAGGUCUUGCAUUUAGAGGUAGUCAUGAAGUAAUUGGAGUAACGGAUAAUGGUAAUUAUUUAGGAAUACUUGAGUUGCUUGCUAAAUUUGAUCUUGUGUUAAAAGUACAUAUUGAAAAUUAUGGUAACAAAGGCAAAGGUAAUGUGUCUUACAUAUCAAAAACAAUUUGUGAGGAACUUAUUGGUAUCAUGUCGUUAAAAGUAUAUGAUCACAUAGUUGAAGAAAUGAUCAAAUCAAAGUAUUUUGGUAUUGUCGUUGAUUCAACUCCAGAUCUUGCUCAUAUUGAUCAGCUAUCGAUUAUCAUACGUUAUUACUUAAAUGGUGCAGUACAUGAACGGUUUCUUAGUUUUGUUCCUUUUCAUAGUCACACAGGUGAAGCUUUAGCUGUGACUGUUUUGGAAUUUCUCAAACGAAGUGGUAUUGAUAUUGCCAACUGUCGAGCGCAAACUUAUGAUAAUGCUGCCAAUAUGCCUGGGCGAUAUCGUGGCUGCAAGCUCAAAUUAAAUAAAUGAAUGAUUUAGCAUUUUAUGUCCCAUGUAUUGCUCAUUCUUUGAAUUUAGUUGGAGAUUGCAGUGCAAAAGAAUGUUUAGAAGCAAUUAAUUUUUUUUUCAAUUCCCCAAAAAUUAUAUGCAUUUUUUGGAGCCUCGACGCAUAGAUGAGAUGUAUUAUUAAGAAACAGUAGAAAAAAUAGUAAGACAUUGAAAAGCCUCUCAAGUACACGAUGGUCUUGUCGUGAUGAUGCUGUAGAAGCAUUAGCUGGUAACUAUGAAGAGGUAUAUAA